AUGGUCCCUUGGCUCACGUCAUUGCUUUUAGCCGCCGGCUCGGGAUGGUUUGCGUCCACUGUUGGGGCUUUGCCAGCGCACCGUCAAGUUGCCGCCAGUGUUCCCAUCGUUAAUGUUCGGAACGGUUCGUACGCCGGCGUUCACUCACCUGAGUAUGACCAAGACUUCUUCCUCGGCAUACCGUAUGCACGGAAAGCACCUCGAUUCACUGUUUCGCAACACCUAAAUUCGUCAUGGGACGAUGUGAGGGACGCCACCGCCUAUCCACCCCAUUGCGUUGGUUACGGCGGGGAUGAAGUUGGGUACGAGAUUUCCGAGGACUGCUUAUACCUCAACGUUAUCCGACCGGCUGGUAUUGAGGACACAGCUGGCCUACCGGUAGCGGUUUGGAUCCACGGCGGUGGUUUGUACAUGGGCGGCUCGGGGGACAAGCGGUACAACCUCUCCUUCAUCGUGCAAAACAGUGUGAACCAAGACACACCCAUGAUUGGUGUCAGCCUCAACUACCGCCUCUCGGCCUUUGGAUUCCCCUCCGGUAAGCAGGCCCUCGAUGCGGGCAUUACAAACCUGGGCUUCAGGGACCAACGCCUGGCGCUACAGUGGGUGAACGAGAACAUCGCGUCGUUCGGCGGGGCGCCUGACAAGGUCACGAUUUGGGGUGAAAGCUCGGGUGCAGAAAGCGUCAACGCGCAGACGCUAGCCUAUGGUGGUCGCGACGACGGCCUCUUCCGGGGCGUCAUCGCAGAGUCAGGCUACGGUGGAUACAUCGGGCGGUUCCCCGGGGGUCUGAAUGCCACCAAUCUCAUGCAGGACACAUACGACACGCUCGUACAAAACACCACCUGUGCAGAGACAGUUGGGACACCCGAGUCGCUUGAUUGCCUGCGGACACUACCACUAGAAGACCUACACAAUGCGCUUAAUGGCACGGCCGCUAACCCUUGGGGCCCGGUAUUGGACGGAGAUUUCAUUGCAGACUAUCCGUCCAAGCAGUUGAGUGAGGGUCGGUUUCCCAAGGUCUCCGUCUUGAUCGGGUGCAACUCAGAAGAGGGGGCAUCCUUUGGCACGGGACGUGGCCCUAAUGGUGGUGGUGUGAAUACGGACGAUGAGAUGCGAAACGCAAUUGCGUCCAUAGUGGGAUUGGAGGUGGAGAAGACGGCGGGCAAAUCGCUGGAGCAGGUGGUGGACGAGCUGAUGUACUUGUACCCCAACAUCCAAGCUGUUGGCGUUCCCGGGCUGGACAAGUGGCCCAUUAUCCAGCCAGGAGACAUGGUGGCCGAGUCCAUGGGCCUGCAGUACCGCCGUACAGCCGCCCUGUUUGGAGACUUUAUAAUGCAGUACUCUCGCCGACGCGCAAGCCUCGCCUUUGCGGCCCAGAAUCUUCGCUCCUGGAGCUACCGAUUUGACGUUGUGCUACCAAGAAUCCCCGGUUACGCCGGAGCCACCCACUUCCAAGAGGUCGCCUUUGUGUUCGAUAACAUUCGCGGUGAUGGCUACGAGGAAAACCCAUUUGCCAACAACACUGAGGUGCUCACUUCGCUAGCCAAAAGCAUGUCCACCGCUUGGGUCAACUUCAUCACGGGUCAGGAUCCAAACGGGCCCAAGGGUUUGGGCCUGCCGGGGUUGGAGACCUGGCCCUCAUACAAUACCAGCGCUGGUGGCGGAGUGGGAGAGAAUAUCGUCUGGACUGAUAAGGACAGCUACAUCGAGGUCGACAGCUGGCGGGCUGAGGGCAUCAACUACUUCAUUCAAAAUAGCUUGACCGUGUUCGGUAUCUAG